UAUUUUCAAAGCAAAUUUCGUUGGUCAACGUUACUAAAAGUGAUUUACAAAGGAUAUUGUCAGAACACGGUAUUUUUUAUUUUUUUGAAAUUUUCACUUUAACUUUUUUUUUUUUUUGCAGUUUCGUUUUAUUUAAUUAGACAUAUUAAUUUUCCAAGACGGACGUGGAUCUUUCUCUAAACCAAAAUUAAUAGAUUGAUUUUAUAACUAUUAUAUCAUCGAUAUUAGAAUAAUAUUAAAUGAAACAACUGUCUACAUGAUAUUUUUAGUAUAUAGUAUUAUUUCUUUCUCCUACAAUUUUCCAUUUUAUUUAUUUACUUCCUUUUUCCUUUGCAAAAAUAUAUUAUAUCUUUCUGUUAUGAAAAAUUUGGGGGAUAUUGCAUCUAAUUUCUGAGAGAUUUUUUACUUUGCUAAUUUCCGGUGAGAUCAAGAGGUUAAUCACCCACUGAGAAAGCUUUUGCAUUUUUCUGCUACAGUGUUAGUUUCAGCUCCAUAACUGUUGAAAGCAUUCACGGGCAAAAUUGUUCUGCUAUUUUUUUGGUAAUUUGAGACUUUAAAAAUGGAGGAGAAAGGUGGAAUGAGUCCAAGUGGGGUCAUCACAGUUAAGGGAGAUGAAACUUUGGCACCAAGAACAGAGUUUCAACAAAACCCUAGCUUUCUUCCAUCUGUGAGACCCACGACGGUGGUACCUCCUCUCCCUCCGGCUCCAGCCACUGUGACUCCUGGCUCAGCCGCUGCAGCGCCUCCGCCAUCAAUCUCUAGCGCAGGGACAGAUCUGACAAAGAAGAAGAGAGGGAGGCCGAGAAAAUACGCUCCAGAUGGUAGUCUGAACCCUAGGGCUUCGAGACCAACUCUGUCUCCGACUCCAAUCUCAUCUUCCAUUCCAUUCUCUGGAGAUUAUCAUCAUCAUUCUCAUUGGAAACGAGGAAAGGCUCAUCAGCAACCUGUUGAAUUCAUCAAGAGAUCUAACAAGUUUGAGUAUGAAAGCAGCCCAGCUCCUCCUCCUGCUGGGCUAUCAUGCUAUAUGGGUGCAAAUUUUACAACACAUCAGUUUACUGUCAAUGCUGGUGAGGAUGUAACGAUGAAAGUUAUGCCGUAUUCACAAGGUUCUCGAGCUAUAUGCAUUCUUUCUGCUACUGGUACCAUCUCCAAUGUCACACUUCGUCAACCUACCACUUCAGGAGGCACUCUUACAUAUGAGGGUCGAUUUGAGAUACUUUCUCUAUCUGGUUCCUUUAUGCCUACUGAAAACUGUGGAACCAAAGGUCGGUCCGGUGGUAUGAGCAUUUCUUUAGCCGGACCAAAUGGUAAAAUAAUCGGCGGUGGCCUUGCUGGUAUGCUCAUAGCAGCUGGUCCUGUCCAGGUGAUAAUGGGAAGUUUCAUUGUGAUGCAUCAAGCAGAACAAACACAUAAGAAGAAGCCUCGAAUCAUGGAGGCUUGUCCUCCUCCACCACAACCACAACAACAACCUCCAACUUUCACUAUCACCACUGUGAAUUCCACUUCUCCUGCGGUGGCCACCGUAGAGGAGCCAAAACAACAAACCUACGGUGGUGGUGGUACAAUGAGACCGUUGUCUCAAAUGCCUUCUUCUUUCCACAACGAUAGUAUCACAACGACCUAUCAUGGAUAUGGGAAUAUGAACACUGGUGCUACUAAUUAUAAAGAAGAAGAUGACUAUGAAAAUGGUGGGGAUGAUGAUUCCGGCGAUACUAGGAGCCUAUCUAAUAGUGGUUGAGCAAUCCUAGGACUUUCUUUUGUAGGAAGUAAGAUACCUUUAAGGUCAAAAGUGUUUCAGCUAUUCUUUUCUUUGCUUUUAGAGGGUUGUUUCAGGUGUGAGGCUUUUUCUAAAAAAUUCUUCUUACUGUGUGUUUUUCUAGGGUAUUUGUUUUUGUGAUCGGUUUAGCUUAAUUAUGUUGAAAUCGUCGAUUAAAUUAUGUUUUAUGGUUGCGGUUAUUGAGAUUAAAAUUUACUAUUUUGCAUAUGACAUAGUUCUAACCAAUUUUAUAUUCUACAUAAUUUUUGAUUUAGUCAAAAUAACACUCGAAAUCUAUAAAAAGUUCCAAUGGUCUCUUUGGCCGUCCUUGUUUUGAUAACACUGGUUUUUAUCGGGAGAUCUAGAAGAUCGAUCCAAUCCAAUAUUCAAUAUUAAGAUAUACAUCAAUAUAUUAGAAUAGGAAGUUUAUCAUUAUCUAUUAUAUACUAUUCCAUAUUAGUUUAGGAAAUUAGUUUGAUUUAUUCUCUAUAUAAACUAUGCAUCUUGUAACAUUAUUUUCAUGAGAGUCUAAUAUAAUUCUUCCAUAAACACUUUUGUGUUCUUUACUCUCAUCAAUUUGUCAUGGUAUCAGAGCAAGAACAAAAUUAAAAACAUCAAAAAUAUCCUUAUUCUCGUGUUGUCUUGCAAAAUCGCAGAACAAUCACUUCUCAUUCAAAAACUUUUUUAUUCACGACUUGAAGAAGAAGAUUUUUAUUCAAUCAUAGUCUUGGUUGUCUUUGCAAAAUCGCAAAUCAUCAAACUUAUUCUCUAUUCUUUUGUUUCUCAAUUUGAAGCAAGGAAAAUUCAUUCAACAAUUUAAAUUCAUUCAUCAACUUUCGUAUGGCUAUUAGCUCACGAAGAUUCAGAUUUCUUGACAGCAGUUUACCGGCAGCCGAUUCACCCUACCGUGAAGAUUGCAAAGCAAACAAUCAUCUCAUUGUAGGAUGGAUAAAACAAAUAUUCGAACCAAAACUCAGAUCAUCUAUCUCUGCUUGCAAAAUCGCAAGCUAUGGGACAUUCAUCAAGCUUCUGCAACGAUUAGCGCAUGAGCUACUUCUACCACCUAUUUUGAAGAUUGUUCAAUCUCAUACGUGUUACCACGUAUGAACUUGAGGGAGGGUAUUGGGAGAUCUAGAAGAUCGAUCCAAUCCAGUAUUCAAUAUUAAGAUAUACAUCAAUAUAUUAGAAUAGGAAGUUUAUCAUUAUCUAUUAUAUACUAUUCCAUAUUAGUUUAGGAAAUUAGUUUGAUUUAUUCUCUAUAUAAACUAUGCAUCUUGUAACAUUAUUUUCAUGAGAGUCUAAUAUAAUUUUUUCAUAAACACUUUUGUGUUCUUUACUCUCAUCAAUUUGUCAGUUUUGCUUCGGGUGAUGUUAUGAGCAAGUUGGGUCCGAGGGAAGUCGCCAUGGUUAAGGAAAUGAAUGAGUAGGAUGAAAUUAUAAAAGAGAUACGAGCAAGAUAAUAGGCAUAGUAGUUUCAAAAAAAAAAAGAUAAUAGGCAUAGCAGGGCUUCAUUAAACAAAGAAUGAUGGAGAGUCAAAGUCGAAACUAUUUUUUUUAUCUCUAAGGUGAAUGGCAAGAUGCAUAGCUUUUGUUUUUGGUCUAGCUCUUAUAUUAUCAGUGGCGCAACCUAUGAGGUUUAAAUAAUCUUAAGACCCAAACAUUUCAGAAUCUAUGAGGUUCAAUUAACGGCCCAAACAUUUUAGAAUUAUAUUCACUAAAUUCUGAUUCUAAUGUUUUAUGUUCUAUAAUUAUAU